GAGCAGAGCAGCCAUAACCGAAAGCUCCCCACUGUGAACUGCUCCGAUCGUUACUAACCAAAAGUUGAUAAACCCAGGCCUCCAGAUCUCCUGCUCGCAACAAUGGGUGCCCCGGAGAGUGUUGAAACGUACCGUUUCGGCCUGGACGAAGCGUAUCGAUCUCUCCCUUGGCUCUACCUGGCCUUCGCCUCCCUCUGGUUACUCUCAGCUUGUUCUUGGGCGCUAAACACCCACAAAUACCGCCAUUUUCAGGUUAACAAUUUGCAGUGGACUCUUGCUUCUGUCCCAUUGAUUAAAGCACUACAACUCAUCCUAUCCUUUCUAUUUUGGUAUCCCUGCUUUAAUCUUCAGAUAUGUUCUCUGUGGAUGUCAUUUGGGGUGUAUGUGACUGGUGUUCUCUUUCAGACAGCUUCUUUUAUGUGCUUCUUGCUCAUUUCAUAUGGUUACUGCAUAACAUGUGAGCAUCUUUCAGUACAUGAGCGCCGGACUAUAGCUACACUUGGAUGUGUCUUUUACUUGACGCUUGUUGGUUAUAGAGCUUCAGUGCCUUACUUCACAGUCCUUCUGCUGCUUAUUUAUUUUAUUUCAUUUUAUUUAAUUUUCCAUCAUAUAUCUCAAAAUCUAGUUGUGUUGCAAGAACAAAUGAGUUUUAUUGAGGAUGAGGAUGUCCAUGCAAUGCAUGAUGCAGUUCAUACAAAAUACAUUAUGUUCAAGAAAUUUCAAACUGCAAUGCAUUUGGUAGCCAUGGCAGAAAUUGUGGUAUAUAUUAACAUGGAGGACUCAUCAGAAAAUUACUGGCUUCGCUUGUUUGUUCGAGAAUGGGCACAAUUUUGCAUUUUUCUAUAUAUUGGGUGGACAUUUAGGUCACAAGACUUGGCACCACGCUUCUCUGUUAUGCCCACUCUAAAAUCCAUCAGGGAAAUAGUCCUACCUCCCAUCUAUAGCAUUGAAAUGGAUGUAGCGGCUUUUAAAGAAUUUAAUAAUCAUGAAUGGCACAUUGGUGUGCCAACUUCUCCUCUCUCUGAUGAAAGCUUCAAAGAUUCAGUUUUGGUUAUAAUUCAGCACCCGCAUGUACUCAGAUCAACUUCAGCAAACACCUCCACUUCAGGCUCAACCAGUGUCUCUACUAAUACCACCACAUAUUUCAAUCAAGAUUCAUGUUUAUGCAGGAGUUAAAAGGAAUGAAUUGCUGCUGCUGUGCUCCAUGAUUGAUCAAAAGAAGAAUCUACUUCAACCGAUAUGCCCCUAGGCAUAUGACUGUGCAUAGCAUAGAAAUCACACUUUGAAAAGGGUGGACAAUUAGCUAGAGCAGCAGGGCUCACCUGCGUGCUCCUGCUGCGAUCUGCUGCUGACUGUCUGCAUUUUCUUUUCUUUUUUUUAUUUGUUUUUUUUUUUUUGCCUUUUUGUUCUUGAUACACAACUUUGCUAAUGAAAACCCUAGAGCAAAUUCUAUACCUGGUGAGAGUGUUACUUCCUUUGCCCAGACCAGAAAUUGCAACCCACCUGUUAAUGUAUCUGAACAUUGUCAAUUAAUGAAAAUGUCAAAUUGUAUA